AUGAUGUCCAAGUCCGCUGGUUACUGUUUUCCUGAUUACAGCAAUGGUAUCGGAAUUCUGCUUCUUUGCGAGGUUGCUGUCAAACCGUUCUAUGAGCGUCACGAUGCUGACUAUACUGCCAAUGAAAGCUGCAAGAGGAACGGCAAACGGGCUACAAAAGGUAUUGGACGAACUCAACCUAAUAAAUGGAAAGACGCUGGUGAAGCGCUCGGUGUCGGUGAGCUCAAGGGUUGCCAUAUGCCAGAUGGUAAACCUGGAACCUUUGACAUUUCUGGUUACCUGCAGUAUAACGAGUAUAUCGUGUACGACGUUUCGCAAAUUCGGGUGAAGUACCUCCUCAUGGUCAAGAUGAGAUAG